UCUUUAAAUUUGCCCAUGUGCUCCAAUGGUUCUUACUUCAUUUCAACCUAUAUCAAGGUUGAGCUUCGAGCUGUAGAUGGGUUGGUGAAGGAUAGUACAAUGUGCUCCAAUGGUUCUUACUUCAUUUCAACCUGUAUCAAGGUUCAGAAAAUUCAGUCUUUAACAACAAAUUUUGGAUCUGCAGACAGAAGAUUCAGUCUUUCACAACAAAUAUUGGAGUUGUAUACAGUUUGCGGGCAUGAUUGUAGGAAACUAUCCAUAUCACGCAACUUGUCAGAGAAACUGCAGCAAUUAUGCAGGAAUUCACUCAAUCUGGGGUUGAGGUCUUUCGGUGUUUCUUUGUUGGUGACUGGCUGUGAUGUCAAUAAUCCUCAAUUGAUGAUGGUGGGAAGUAGAUGCCUUACCUAUCUGGCUUCUUGGAGAACAAAGAGAGAAGAAAAAAUGGAGUCGAGAAUUCUGUCAUCUGGAACAAACCCAUUUUCCAGUACUGGUUUGAUCAAAUUGAGGAAACCCAUUAGACAAACCAUCACUAGUUCCAUCAUAUCAACCAAGUCACCAUUGUCAUCAUCUAUUGGAGAUGUCAGCGGUGGUGGAAAUCUUAUUUGGGGAAGACAACUCCGAUCAACUUAUUUACUUGUCGACAAAUCUCAUCCAAUUUCACCCAGAAGAGAACUUGCUAAACCAAUUUGUGCUACCAGUGAUUCAGCCGGGGAAGCUAAAGUUGGGUUUCUUGAAAAAUAUCCAUUUCUAGUUACUGGUUUCUUCUUCUUCAUGUGGUAUUUCUUGAAUGUGAUAUUCAACAUUCUCAACAAGAAGAUUUACAACUAUUUCCCUUACCCUUAUUUCGUAUCGGUUGUUCAUUUGGGAGUGGGUGCCAUUUACUGUUUAAUCAGCUGGGCUGUUGGUCUUCCUAAACGCGCUCCUAUGGACGGUAACCAACUCAAGUUGCUCAUUCCUGUUGCUGCCUGCCAUGCUCUUGGUCACGUGACCAGUAAUGUCUCAUUUGCUGCAGUCGCAGUCUCGUUUACCCACACAAUCAAAGCUCUUGAACCCUUCUUCAAUGCAUCCGCUUCUCAAUUCAUUCUUGGACAACCAAUACCCAUUACCCUAUGGCUAUCCCUAGCUCCCGUUGUCCUCGGUGUGUCCAUGGCAUCACUAACUGAACUAUCAUUCAACUGGUUGGGUUUCAUUAGUGCCAUGAUCUCAAACAUCUCCUUUACCUACAGGAGUAUCUACUCGAAGAAAGCUAUGACUGACAUGGACAGCACUAAUCUCUAUGCCUACAUUACAAUCAUUGCACUUUUUUUCUGUAUUCCACCGGCUAUUCUCAUUGAGGGGCCAGUCCUGUUGAAAUCUGGUUUCGCUGAUGCAAUUGCUAAAGUUGGUAUGGUCAAGUUUGUUUCGGAUCUUUUCUGGGUCGGUAUGUUUUACCAUCUUUACAACCAGCUUGCAACCAACACCCUUGAGAGAGUGGCACCUCUUACACACGCAGUUGGCAAUGUCUUGAAGCGUGUAUUUGUAAUUGGUUUCUCAAUUGUAAUCUUCGGCAACAAGAUUUCGACCCAGACAGGUAUCGGGACAGGUAUUGCAAUUGCUGGUGUGGCUCUUUACUCAUACAUCAAAGCCAAGAUUGAAGAAGAGAAGAGGCAAGCAAAGGCUGCUUAAGAGUAACCGGACCAAUGAGCAGAAGGAAAAACCAGUUCAGGUGUAAAUGGCAGUUUCAGCUGAUUACCAAUUCAGGCACCUAUUGUAAUUGUGAAGUUCUCACGUGAUUUUUUUCCCUUUCUUUUUUCCAUCUGCAUCUCUGUAUUUCUUUGCUUUCUAGUUCCAACAAUAUAGCUGAUUCAACCAUCAAUUGUGACAGAUAAAUAGAAACUCGCUAUUUCCGUUAAAACUUGAUGUUGGAAGCUAGAAAACUGUGUUUGUCUAAUGGUAUCUAAAA